AUGGCCCUGACCGCCGACCAAAUCGCCCUUGUCAAGUCGACAGCCCCCGUCAUCAAGGAGCACGGCAAGACAAUCACCACCACCUUCUACCAGCGGCUGCUGAGCGCGCACCCGGAGCUCAAAAACUACUUUUCGCUGCGCAACCAGCAGUCGGGCGCGCAGCAGGCGGCCCUGGCCGACGCCGUCUUCGCCUACGCCGCCUUCAUCGACGACCUGCCGCGGCUGGCCGGCGCCGUCGACCGCAUCGCCCACAAGCACGCCUCGCUGUUUGUGCGGCCCGAGCACUACCCCGUGGUCGGCGAGUUCCUCGUCGCCGCCUUUGCCGAGGUGCUGGGCGACGCCCUGACGAGCGACGUGGCCGAGGCCUGGGUCGCCGCCUACGCGCAGCUGGCCGACGUCUUUGUCCGGCGCGAGAGGCAGCUCUACGACGAGACGGCCGAGUGGCAGGACUGGCGAGCCUUUGCCAUUGUGCGCAAGGAGCACGAGGCCGACGACAUCCUCAGCCUGUACCUGGAGCCCCGGGACGGCCGCCCGCUGCGGCGCUACCUGCCGGGCCAGUACGUGUCGGUGCGGAUCCCCAUCCCCGAGCUGGGCGGCCUGUUCCAGUGCCGGCAGUUUAGCCUCAGCACGGCGCCCGACGAGGGCAUGCGGCAGUACCGCGUCUCGGUCAAGCGCGAGCAGACGGUCGACAACGCCUCGGUCCAGGACCUGGCCGACGGCAAGGUGCCCGGGCUCAUCUCCAACAAGCUGCACCGCGAGUACGCCGAGGGCGCCGAGGUGGAGCUGAGCCCGCCCCGGGGCGAGUUCUUCUUCGACGUCGCCGCCGCCGGCCCCGCCGCCCCCGUCGUGCUGCUGUCCGUCGGCGUCGGCGCCACGCCGCUGCUGUCCAUCCUCGAGUCCAUCGUCGGCUCCGCCACCCAGGCCUUGCGCCCCGUCAGCUGGGUCCACGCCGCCCGCCGCCCGGGCGCCGUGUGCUUCGCCAAGCCCGUCGGCGAGAUUGCGUCGCGGCACGCCAACGUCCGGUCCCUCGUCUUUGUCAAGCACGCCGACAAGCAGGCCCACCGGCCGGGGCGCGACUACGACUUGGAGGGCCGGCUGAGCAUGGAAAAGGCCGAGGCCGAGGGCCUGCUGCACCUGCAAGACAGGUCGGCCGGCUACUACAUCUGCGGGCCCGAGGAGUGGAUGGUGCAGGCGAGGAAGUGGCUCCAGGACCGGGGGGUCGCCCGGGAGCGCGUCUUUGUCGAGCUGUUUAGCACCGGCGAGGUGCAUUAG